UUCCCACCAUGACUUCGACGACUGCCUCGUGGCCCUCCAAAGUCUACAACGCCUCGUCAUCGAGCCUCUCGGGUCUCAAGCUCCGGCACUCGGCCUUCAUCCACGCCACGAGCGCCACCAAGGCGUCGGUUGUCGUGCGCUCGAUAUCCGACGGCUUUCUCAGCGCAUUUGCCAUUGAAGAAGAAGACGGCGCGCUCAGCGUCAACGGGCCCGCGUGGUACGCCAAUCCGUUCCAAGUUAGUUCCACCAAGUACAUUAUCGACGUGUACGUGCCGUUGCAGUCGCUUGCCGCCGUCACGUUGACGGGCUACGGCGACGCCGUCCUGGACCCGUUCACGGUCGUCAACAGCACCGACGCUGCACUCUCGCUCGUUGUUUCGGGUUCGGGCCGGCUCUUUCUCUCGGCGCCGUCCAUCGCGCUCCGAGACCUGAAGCUCAAGGUUCCAGGCUCUGGCUCGGUCCAGUUGCACGUCCUCGACACCACGGUGGCGUCACGAGCUGAGCUCUCGAUCUCGGGCUCGGGUGAUGUGGCGCUGCUCGGGAACACCCUCCGCAUGGACACCAUCAAGUCGUCCGUGAGCGGCUCGGGCAAGGCGUACGUCGGCGCGUCGUCCUUCGUGAACGCGACGACCGUCUCCACGUCCAUCUCGGGCUCGGGCGAUAUCAACUUUUACACCGCCGGAGUCUGCGCCACCCAAGACAUUUCGAUCUCGGGCUCUGGCCAAGUGAACGCCGGGGCGCUGGCGUGCGAUGCCAGCUCCGUGAGUAUCUCGGGCAGUGGCAAGGUCUACGCGCGCGCCCUCAAGUCCUUGAAAGCCUCCACGUCUGGGUCGGGUGACAUUUACGCUGUCGCACCGCUGCCUGCGUCGGUCACGGGCUCUCUCUCGACGGUGACGACGGCGCCCGUUUCAACCUUUGAGCUUCGGAGCCUCCCGGCGUACGAGCCGUCCAGUGAUUUUCAGUUUGGCUUGUUCUGGAGCGUCCUCAUCCUGCUUGUAAUCACGACGCUCACGACCUUUUGGAUCCGCAAGUGCUGCAAAGCAGGCUGUUGCUGCUGCUGCCGCCGCCGCCCGCCACCGACGACGCCAGCCACGAGCCUCCCGAUCGUCAUCGUCGAAGAUCCCGCGAACGCGUACUACAACACGACGACGCCGGUGCAAGCCCACGCCGCCAAGCACGUGUAAUAACACUGCUGCAAUCUAUAUCUCUUCUUCAA